CUAAAAAGCAAAACAAACUUAAAAAACGUGCGUUUUGCCAACGCAGAAGAGUCAGUUUACCACUGAUUAAGCAGCGAAGCAAUAAAAAGUCUCAAGUUUAAGAUCCACCCUACCAAAAAAGCAACCCUACAUAAUGGACGAACGGGACAUCUCGUUUUUUGGCAGUAAGAAGAAGGAAAAAAGCAAACCUUCCCAAAAACUAGAAGCCGAGCCAAAAAACUCCAAAGCUUCACAAAACGAUAAAAUAAUUUCACGACCAACGACAGAGGUCGAUUAUAGAACAGAUAAUCCACACAUCGGUCUUGCCAUAGUGCUCAAUCAUAAGAAUAUCAAAGGUCAAAAGCCGCGUAACGGUGCCGAGAAAGAUUGCAAGGAUAUUACAGCCUCUUUGGAAAAUUACGGGUUUCAAGUGCGCGUUUAUAAUGAUUUGAAAAAGAAGAAAAUAUCAACGCUUUUGAAUUCAGUGGCCUCUGAGGAUCACAGUCAAUAUGAUUGCUUCGUUGUGGUCGUGAUGUCACAUGGUGAUAAAGGCAGAUUAUGCGCCGCCGAUGAUUUUUAUUCAACCGAAGAGUUGUGGGAGCCCCUGCUCGGUGACAAAUGCCCCACUCUACUGGGUAAACCGAAAUUAUUUUUUAUCCAGGCAUGUCGCGGGACACGCGUUCAGCAGCCAGUGUUGAUAGCUUCACGCGCCUCUUUUCAGGCAGCGGUAUUCCCAAGUUCCGCAACGGUCGACCGAACCAUGUAUGCCAUACCAACAACAGCUGAUAUUCUGGUUAUGUACUCCACAUUUGAAGAUUACUAUUCCUUUCGGAAUAGCGUAAGUGGCUCGUGGUUCAUACAAAGCCUUUGCAGUAUUUUGAAUGAGGCAGCCGAGAGCAAGGAGGCACAAACCGUUGGAGCCGAAUUACUGCGACUACUCACUGCCGUUAAUCGCAAAGUGGCGUACGAAUAUCAAUCCUACAGCGACAAUGAAUUGAUUAAUGAAAAGAAGGAAAUGCCGAAUUUCAUGUCGACACUCACCAAAACAUUCUACCUGCGAGUCAAGCCGAAAAAUGCCGAUGCUAAGAUCGACGAUCUACCAGAUGACGAACUGGAGAACGACUUUGAUGAAAAACUGAAUCGGAUUUUCAAUAUGAAUGCAGAUUUUUCUACACUACCAAUCAGUCCACAGUAUUAUAUUUAAAUCCAAGCAUUCCCAAGGAAAGCGUUGUUAUUAUUCUUUACUGUUCUUAUUGGCAUUUACGGUUUUGUCCUUCGUAUAUAUAACAAGACUUCAUAAAUUUUUUUAAUUAUAAGUUUUUGAAUAAUAAAGAUCUAUACACCAAGAGGA